AUGUCAUUUUUUCUUCUUUUUUUCUUUUUUCUUUCUUCUAUGUCAUUUUUCUUCUUUUUCGUCUUUUUCUUUCUUCUAUGUCAUUUUUUUUCUUCUUUUUUCUUUUUUUUUUUUCUCUUUUUUUUCUUUUAUUUUUUUUUUUCUUCUUUUUUCUUUUUUCUUUCUUCUAUGUCAUUUUUCUCUUUUUUUUUUUUUUCUUUCUUCUAUGUCAUUUUUCUUCUUUUUUUCUUUUCUUUCUUCUAUGUCAUUUUUUCUUUUUUUCGUUUUCUUUUUUUAUGUCAUUUUUUUUUUUUUUUUUUUUCUUCUUCUAUGUCAUUUUCUUCUUUAUGUCAUUUUCUUCUAUGUCAUUUUUCUUCUUUUUUCUUUUCUUCUAUGUCAUUUUUUCUUCUUUUUCGUCUUUUUUCUUUCUUAUGUCAUUUUUCUUCUUUUUCGUCUUUUUUCUUUCUUCUAUGUCAUUUUUCUUCUUUUUCGUCUUUUUCUUUCUUCUAUGUCAUUUUUCUUCUUUUUCUUCUUUUUCUUUCUUCUAUGUCAUUUUUCUUCUUUUUUUUCUUUUUCUUUCUUCUAUGUCAUUUUUCUUCUUUUUUUUCUUUUUCUUUCUUCUAUGUCAUUUUUCUUCUUUUUUUCUUUUUCUUUCUUCUAUGUCAUUUUUCUUCUUUUUCGUCUUUUUCUUUCUUCUAUGUCAUUUUCUCUUUUUUUUUCGUUUUCUUUCUUUUAUGUCAUUUUUCUUCUUUUUUUCUUUUUCUUUCUUCUAUGUCAUUUUUCUUCUUUUUCGUCUUUUUCUUUCUUCUAUUUCAUUUUUCUUCUUUUUCUUUCUUCUAUGUCAUUUUUCUUCUUUUUCGUCUUUUUCUUUCUUCUCUGUUUAAUUUACUUUUAAUUCUCCCAUUCCUUCCUUCUUUUUCUUUCUUCCUUAUCUUCUUUUUUCCUUAUAAUUUUCUCACUCUUUCCUUAUUUUUUUCUUUCUUCAAUAUUUGUCUCUUCUCUUUCUUUUUCUUUUUUUCUUUUCUUUUCUUUUACUUCCUUCUAUGUCUUCUUACUUCUUUAACAUUUUCUUCUUGGCUAUGUUUUUCUUUCAAUCUAUUAUUUUUUUUUAUAUUUGUUUCCUUAUUAUUUCUCCCCACCCCCACACAUACCAAGAUUUGUCUUUCUUCUGGUACCAUUUUCUCCCUAUCUUUCACUCCCUCUCGUUUUCUUCUGCGUCUUACAACCUUCUCGUUUAUACAGGUUCAUCUUUCUAUUUUUUUUAGCCGAAACAACUUUAUAUUUCUGCUUUUCCCCGCUUUUCUUAAGUCUAGUCAUUUUAUAGAUUUGCCUGUUCUGCCCUUAUUACUUCUGCUAGCGUCUUUCUUUCUAUUUUUUUUCUUUCCUUUGUUGAUCAGCACUUAUCUAUUUAGCUGCCACCUCCACCCCAACGGCUCAUCAUUACCCCCGUUUUCAAAUUCUCGAUAUAAUGGCGACCCAUCCACAGUAAUCGGCAGCCUCUUCCUGUUUGGCAUGAUUUGUUCUUGUUUUAGUCUCUCCUUUCUUCUUUUUUUUCUUCUUAUUCUUUUCUUCUUCUUCUUCUUCUUCUUCUUCUUCUUCUUCUUCUUCUUCUACUACUACUACUACUACUACUACUUCUUGGAAGAAGAAGAUUCUUCUUCCAGUGUUUAUCGAUACUCGCUUUCUUCUAUUAAAUACAUGAUUUCAUUUUCGUCCUCCUCUUUCUUCUUCUUCUUCAUAUUUUCUGCUACUUUUCUGUUGUUCUUUUUCUCAUACAAUCUCUCUACUGACUUUAACAUGUUAAUACUUGGUCGUUAUUUUCUUUUGCUUCUUCAUAUCCUUCACACUUUAUUCUCCUUCAUUUUCUUCUUUUUUCUCUUCUUUUUUCUUUUUUAUCCCAAUUUUAUGUUCAUAUCUUUAUCUUUACGUCUCUCUCUAUCUCUUUCUCUUUCUCUCUCCAUCACUUCUUUAUUCUUCGCUUUUUCCAUUUGUUUUUUUUUCUUUUCUGAUUUUCUCUUAUUGUUUAUCCAUCUCCUUUCUCCUGACAAAUUCCUGUUUUUGCUUUUCUUUUCACAUCUCUUCCUUCUCCACCGCCUUCUACUGCUUUCUCUUUCUUCUUCCUUUUCUUUCUCGUCCAGUUCUUUAAAAACAUCUUUACCUAUUCUCCUCUUUUCUUUCCUUUCUCGAUAUUUUUUUUUUAUUUAUGCUAUUCUAGACUUUUACUUUCCUGAAUUAUUUAUUUCAUGUAAUCCCUUUCUAUGUUUUUCUCUUAUUCUUUUCCUUCUGCUUCUUAUAAAUCUUUUUUUUUUCCUGUGUUUACUUCAAUUUAUUUCGGGCCCAAUUUUCAUCUCUCGUCUUCAACGUUUUAAACUUCUCAUCAACUUCUUUUCCCAAAUACUUUUAUUCAUUUAUUUUUCGUUUUCCAUCAACAAGAUCAUCUUAUCAUUCCCCCCCUACUCUUCCCCAUCGUUAACUCUCAUUUCUCUGUAUUCUGACUCCUCUACAAGCUUCACUUUCGUUCACCUUCCCCAUCAAAACCCCUUCAUAAUCAUUCCUCAAUUGCUAUAG